UUCUCGCAUGCCCGAAAUGGCUUCUUUCCUACUCCAAUUCUCGUAAUAUGCUCACAUAUUCAUUUACACUAUUCUCAUCCAAACGCGGGCUCUUACACGUUUUGAUUGUCGAACAGUCCGCCACAUAGAACCUAACUGGUUUGACCAGCACAACUUACAGGGUUAAUAACCGUAGAUACUGGAUAAGAAAAGCACACGAAUAAUCAUUAUACAGAGUCAGAUACAAUUAGAUACGCGAUUCCCCCAGCCUUAUAUAUGGAGAAGCCAAAGAGUUUCUUCUAGUAGACUAGCAGUUAUACAAAUAUACGGGCAACUUCAGCAAGAAUAUCAAUGUUAACAAAGAACUGUAUCCUUUCUAUUGUGAACCAACUGAAAAUAUGUUCAAGUAGAAGGCAGCUGGAAUCCCUAUACUCUUUGAUGCUAAAGAAUGGUGCAACCAAAGACUGUUUCUUGAUGAACCAGUUCAUUGCUACAUGUUCUUCACUUAAUAACCCAGAUUUUGCAUCCCUUGCAUUUUCCCAGAUGGAAAAUCCCAAUGUGUUCGUUUACAACGCAUUAAUAAGAGCUUUUGUUCAUUGUCAUAGCCCACUUAAAGCAUUACUGUUGUAUAUAGACUUGUUAAGAACUCAAAAUAUUCCAACAAGCUAUACAUUUUCGUCAGUUAUUAAGGGUUGUACGUUGAUGUGUGGUCUAAGAUUAGGGGAAUGUGUACAUGGGCAUAUUUGGGAAUAUGGGUUUGGAUCCCAUGUUUUUGUUCAAACUGGUCUAAUUGAUUUUUACUCUAAUUUGGGUAGAGUUGAUUUAGCGAGAUUAGUGUUUGAUGAAAUGCCUGAAAGAGAUAAUUUUGCUUGGGCUGCAAUGGUUUCAGCCCAUGCCGACGCUGGGGAUUUGGGUUCUGCUAGAAGUUUGUUUGAUGAGAUGCCUGAAAAAAUUACUGUUGCUUGUAAUGCUAUGAUCAAUGGAUAUGCAAGAACAGGGGAUGUCGAGUCGGCUGAGCUGUUGUUUAAGGAAAUGUCAAGGAAGGAUUUGAUUGCGUGGACGACAAUGAUUAACUGCUACUCUCAGAACAGGAAGUAUGGACUAGCUAUAGAGGUUUUUUAUGACAUGAAGAGUAACUUGAUCACUCCUGAUGAAGUAACAAUGACGACUGUUAUUUCUGCUUGUGCACAUCUCGGCGUCCUGGAUCAAGGAAAGGAGAUGCAUCUUUAUGUUAUGCAAAAAGGUUUUGAUCUUGGUGUGCAUAUCGGGUCUGCAUUAAUUGACAUGUAUGCAAAAUGUGGGAGUUUGGAGAGAUCACUCUUGGUAUUCUAUAAAUUGAGGGAGAAAAACCUUUUCUGUUGGAAUUCUGUUAUCGAUGGAUUGGCUGUUCAUGGUUAUGCAGAAGAAGCAUUAGCUCUUUUUAGCAGGAUGGAGAAAGAAAAGGUAAAGCCAAAUGGUAUUACUUUCGUCAGCGUUCUUACAGCUUGUACUCAUGCAGGGCUAGUUGAGAAGGGUCGAAAGACUUUUCUAAGUAUGACUCAAGAAUAUGGCAUCGUUCCUGAAAUGGAGCACUAUGGAUGCAUGGUUGAUCUAUUGUGUAAAGCCGGUUUGCUAGAGGAAGCACUAGAGAUUAUAAGAAGCAUGACAGUGGAGCCAAAUGCUGUUAUUUGGGGUGCUUUACUUGGUGGUUGCAAGCUUCAGAAGAACUUGGAAAUUGCUCAAGUUGCUGUCAAAAAGUUGAGCGUUUUGGAGCCAAACAACAGUGGCUAUUACACCCUCCUAGUGAACAUGUAUGCUAAUGCAAAUAGAUGGAGUGAAGUCGCCCGGAUCAGAGCAUUCGUGAGAGAGCUAGGAGUGGGAAAAGAAUAUCCGGGCUCCAGUUGGAUCGAAAUAAAGAAAAAGAUCCAUCAGUUUGCAGCUUGUGAUAAUUAUCACCAUUCUUCACAGGAGAUUUAUUCCUUACUAGAUGGAUUAGAUGGGCAACUUAAGCUGGCUGGCCAAGUUGAGGAGCUUGAAUUUGUUCUCUAAUGACAGGACAAAGACAUUGUUGA